AUGCCUUGCGCUGUCGGAAAUACAUGGCGAACAACAGAGCUCGGGUUACUCCUUGUGGUUGCGAACACGGCAGUUAACUAUGACGACGCGCUCACGUGUUGUUGUAACAACGGAGGUCAUCUCGUGCGUGUCGAUUCCGUGGGGGUCAAGACAUUGUUUGAUCAAGAAUUGGACGGCUCUAACGAUCAGUUAUGGAUUGGUGGUCGCCGCUUUGAUUCCAACGUGAGCGGGUUCGUGUUUUCUGACGGCACACCUAUCACUGUGACAUUCUGGGAAGCCGGGGAACCAAACGAAGAAGCUUCAUGUAUACGCAGGGUUAGGGAAUAUUGGAAGGAUAGAGACUGCCAACAACAAUACGGCUUUGUUUGUCAGAGAUCAUGA